AUGUAUCAACCAGAUAAGCUAAUGAUUGCUUUCGCUGCUCUCGACCGUCUGUUGGUCGAGAUGAACAUUGAAAAAGCCAGCGUGCUACACGCCUGCCCUUCGGCACUGACCUGCAACCUCCUCAUGAACCUCAUUUGCGCAUGCGGCCACGCGAAAUGUCCAGUUUUUUGCAAUCGAUUCACGACGCCGUUCGGAAGACGGAGUUCUGUGCAGCGUUUCCAAACUACCAGCAUUUCUACCUCAGAAUACGAAAGGCGGCUGAAAGAAAUAUCGACGGAUACCUCAGGCAUCAUCUCUGGGACAGAACACAAAAUGACGCGUUUUGGAACGAAGCGGUUCAGCAUUAGUGUAUGUUACUAUUUCAGCGGUCGUCAGACCCCUGCUUGA